ACCAAUUAUAAGGUUUUGAAACCAUAGUUAUUAAAGAUGCACAUCCUAACCAUAGUUUGCUAUAAUAUAUCAAUAGCUAUGGCCGAGAGACAAGACCAUAAAGAAGAGUACGUAUUUAGAAAUGUUCAACUCUUCAAGAAUGCUACCCUUGGUACUGGCUCCUACGGGGCAGUGUGUAAAGCCAAGUGUGACCAGCUACUCUGUGCUGCCAAGCUACUCUAUCCAGUGCUCUUGCAGAUGACUGUUCCCGAUUUUGGUAAAGAACAUAGACACCCGUUUAGAAGAUUCGAAACAGAGUGUGCAUUUCUGAGUCGUAUCAACCAUCCCAACAUUGUGCAGUACUUGGGGACCUAUCGCGAUCCCGAUACAAAUGCACCAGUUCUUCUCAUGGAGCUCAUGGACGAGAGUCUGACACACUUCCUGGAGUCAUCACCUGGAGACAUUCCCUACCACAUCCAAGUCAACGUCUCCUAUGACAUAGCUCAAGCACUUGCCUUUCUCCACUCUAAUGGGAUCAUACAUCGCGACCUCACCAGCAACAAUGUUCUACUGAUUGCAGGCACUCGAGCCAAGGUCACCGAUUUCGGAAUGUCCAAAUUCAGGGACAUAAACGUCACCCGACUAGCUACAAUGACCACAUGCCCGGGAACACCAGCCUUCAUGUCUCCCGAGGCAUUAAAUGAACCACCAGUGUACACAGAGAAACUAGACAACUUCUCAUUUGGUGUGCUUCUAGUUCAGACCGCAACUCGACAGUUUCCAAAGCCAACAGAUCGAUUUAUAACAAGAGAACUGGUUGAUCCACGAUUUCCGAACCAAGCAAUUCAAGCCAAUGUUCCAGUGCCUGAGAUAGAGAGAAGACAAGCUCACAUGAGCCUGAUUGAGCCCACUCAUCCUCUGUUUCCGAUUGCUCGUAACUGCCUCAAAGACAGAGAUGUUGAACGACCAUCUUCCCAACAGCUAUGCCAAACACUAGAUGCUCUCAAGAGGACACCACAGUACCAGGAAAGCUCCCAACAAGAUCUGCACCAGAUGCUCAGAGAGAAAGAUGAGCAACUACAAGUAAAUCAAGAGAUUAUAACAGAAAAUCAAAAAACAAUAACACAAAACAAUGAGCAGUUACAUACAAAAGACAUGCAAAAUCAUCAACUCACUACAAGACUAGGCCGGGCAACAGAAGAAAACCAAAUUCUUCAACAAGACAGAGUAACCAUUCAACAGGAGGCUGAAGCCAGGGAGAGACAGCUGAGGAGACUAAAUCAAGAGUUGCAAUCAAGUGAGGAGAACACUGCUGCCCUCCAACAAGCCAUCGAUCAACGAGACAGAGAAGUCACUCAACUGAGACAAACGUUGGCAAGCAAGAACGAGGAAAUUCACGACCUAUCAACUCGAAUGCACCAAGUCACACUGCAAGAUGAGCAAGCUACACCAAUGAAACCACCUGAGCCACCUGUUUGUAUUGGGUAUGGAUCAUCAGCCGUGAUUGGAGACAAGGCAUACUUUAAUACCAGAGGAGGGACGCGCGUCAUACUUUGUAAUAGAUAAAUGAUGAAUAUAAUUAUGUUAUAGUUAUUGACUGGUUGACUAGUAAUUAUGGCUUAUAAACAACCAAUGCCGAGGGCACAGCCCGAGGCUGAGGUUGUUUAUAAACCAUAAUUACUAGGCAACCAGUCAACAACUGAUUUAUUUACUGCAAAAACAGCAAAACAGUCAUUUGAACAUCAGUGGAGACAGUCAAACUUGCUCUCACAGCCUCAGAAUUAUGCAGUUAGAACAGUUACAGGCAUAGAACUAGCAGUACUACUGUGGAGCUACAUGAGCUAGCUAGCUAGGUUCAGCUAGCUGGAAGCCAUGCAUAAACUUUGACCAGACCCGCCCACCACUAAAUGCAGCUGUGAGGUUUGUACGUACAUGUAGGUAGCUAGCCUAGCUACGUACCUACCUGUACUGUAGCUCUGAACUAGUCUGUUAUUGUCAACAACACCACAGUCUACUUGUAAUCCUCUACUUCUGAGCCACAGCCUUGACUACUGAGAAAGCACAGAGCAAGAAUUUGACUACAGGCUUCAGCUAGCUCAGUUCAAUACUGUCAAGCUUACACAACAUUUUUGAAUUUUUUUAUUGUGUGCAAUGUACCAAAUUUUGUCAAGAUGCAUCAUAUCAAUUCAAAUCUGCUGAGGAAGUAGAUUGUAAGAAUAGUGCCUGGGGGAAGUAAUUAUGUUAUAGUUAUAACACGGGCACAAGGGAUGUAUGGAAUAUAUUGCACUGAAGCACGAGGGCGCCAGCCCCGAGGGCUGAGUGCAAUAUAUGCCAUGCAGCCCGAGUGCACGUGUUAUAACUAGUUUAUAUCCCGAGGGCAUAGCAACAUAACACUGUCCUAGUAACACAAUAUAAACAGCACAAAAAAAGACAGAGACAACUCUAGACACAGCUCCAUCUCUUCUCUCUUCUAGACGCCAGUAUCUGCAGCGUAUAAGAUUGGCAUGACCGACGAAUGGCUUGACACAAAAUUGUUGGAGUUUUAACUGAAAUCUGCAAAACAGCCCCACCCCACUUCUGGUGCUGCAAAACAGCCCCGCCCCACUUACUGCUGCAAAGAAACAGCCCCACCCCACUACUCAGUGAAUACUAGCUGCUGGUCUACGCUCGGCCUCAUAACCAAGCCAAGAAAGCUCGCUUCUACACUGCUGCAAAACAGCUCAUGCCCCCAGCAAAAAGAGCCACUUCUAGUGCUACGGUGAAGCAGAAUUGACAUGCAUCACGAUGUCGAGGACUAGGUCGAUCUAGGAACACAGAAUCUUCCACAAAAUAAAUCUUGGACAAUUUUAAAACCUGCACGGUUGCAAGAAGAAACUCCAGCAGUGCUGAACAUUCAUUCCUGCAUGGCUGGACAUACUUUGAUACUUGUUAUUUCUCAUGCGUAUUAAUUUAAUUUUAAUUUAA